ACUGUGUAUUUCUUUUUUCUUCCAGAUUCUUCUUUGGAUGAAAUCCUCAAUCGCAUAGACUCAACGUAUAAGGACUAUUCAGCCUAUGAGGGUAACGACUAUGGUGAAGAUGAGUGCUAUUGUUACUGCCAUGAGCGCUGGAGGUGUGCGUUUGAUGAUUAUGAAGAUGACCCAUGUUAUGAAUGUGAGGACUAUCAUUACGGUACUGGCAACUCCCUUCAUGACUAUGACCCAGUUAAGAGAGCCUUGAACAGUGCAGUGGCCUCCGCUCGUACACACUGGCAAAACAAGAAGCCGUUUGAAGCUCUGAUUGUUUUGGAGGAAACCAUGCGUUCUCUUUGUCUGCAUCAGCCAUGUGAGGUGACUGUAGGCAGGUAUGGAGAAAGAAGUGAUGGAGGCCUGGUAACCUGCAAACGUUUAGUCAUGCAAUCGAUAGAAGAACUCCUUGUGGACAUGUUUGUAGACAGGAGUGGCAUUUUGCCAUCUUCUCUGAAGGAGAAAGCCAUGAGUAGCAUCAAAAGGACCUUUGACCUGGCUCCUCGCGACUGUGGUAACAUCAGGCCAAACAUAGCCCUUGGUUUGAAAAGCUGGGAUGAUCAGGAACUUUUGGCUGUGCUGAAUGGCUCCUACAACCCUGGACAAGACAAGGCAACUAGCAGCUCCAUAGGGAACAGCACAGCUGAGGUCAUCGUAGUGGAAGACAACCCUGUGGACAGCAGGAACAGCAGCUUUACUGAGGACUACUUAGUGGUGAAGAAGAGGCUCCAAAUUCUGGAGAGUGAGAAGAGGUGGCAAGAGACAGUCAACUACAUCCAGAGAGUGAACAUCAAAUCCAACCAGUAUGGGAAUGUAAGUUGGCUGAAAGACAAGUUGGUUACCUACCUGGCACACCUGGGGAACUGGAAGGAGGUGCACUCAGAGCUAGUAAAGUCUGAAAACUCCAAUUACCAAGGAAAGAGGCCCAGACUGGCCAGGAUGGAUCCCACAGACUUCCUCAACAUCAUGAAGUGUUUCACAACUGGCCAAGAAAUAGAGAUGUUGCCAGCUGAUUCAGCAUCUACCUCUUCACCCAGCCCAGAUGUUAACCUUGAUGAAGUCUUCAGGAUCUAUCUGUGUGCACUGGCACAGAACAGCAGUCUCCAGUACAGUGAGAAGUGUGUAAGCUGGUUCAUAGCAUGGACAUGUCAGGAGACGUUGGAGGAGAUUUCUUUGGGAAAAUUCCAGGGGUAUGCAGAGCAAGUCAAAAGUGUAAUAACAACAUCAAAGACCAGAGUAACAGUGUUGGAGGACAUGACCACACUGAACAAUAAGGUUGGGAGAGCUGUGACGGCAACAUGCUGGCUGGCAUCAAACUGGUCAUCUACAUACGCGCCUCUUCAUACUGUAUCCACAAUCAUGGAAGGGUUCAAGAACAACCUCUGGUUGGCUGCCUGUCUGCUGAUCAGACUAUGCGAUGAUCUCAAAGCUCACUACAGCUACAGGCAGUCAGAAGUGUGCCACCUGGUAGCAAAAUGGGUCGCAGGCCAUGAAGGAUUUGACUUGCAAUGUGGACAUCCUGGUAGUAUUGCCAUGGGGAAAGUACUUUCUCAGCUCCCUUUGGUAAAGGCAAAAGAAGUCUUGGAAAUCAUUUUGUCUACUGCUUUAAAUGGUAACCGGAUGCCUGAAGAAAGGAUAAAUGUCAUCCUUCAAGCAAAGACUGUUGUAAGUGAACUUACAAAUAACAGGGAGCUGAUGGGUAGAGUGUUGGUAUACAUGGCUAGAGUGGGAAAAUGCACGGAAGUACAAGAGGAGUUGAUGAAAGAGAAACAGGAUGGUACGCUUCGAGUUCGGCCAUCGAAAGCAGUGUCACAGAUUGGUGAGGAUGACUUCUUGGACAUCAUGAAAGCCUUGGCAGAAAGUGUGAAGAACCUGUGGGGAGCUGGUCAACUGCAAGCUACACAGUAUAUUGAGAAUGAGAUCUUCACAUGCUGCAUACAUGGAUUGGUUUGGAAUGACAAGGUCCAACAUAGUCUGAGCUUCAUAGCCUGGUUCCUGGAGUUAGUGUGUGCAAAGAAGAUGGAAGAGCCAAGUGACUCAAUAAUGAAGCUUCUUGAAAACAUGGCCAAAAGCUUGAGGGAGUCUGUGGACAAGAGAAAUGCUGAAAGUAUAGCUACUAGAAUAGAGGGAAAGGAAGGCAAAGCCGUGGUGGCCUGUAUCCUGUCACUGCCUGGUUUUAAGGGCAGCGGCUAUACUUAUCAGCAGAGGAUGAAGAACAUUCUUAAUACAUUCAAGCAAAACAAGUGGCUGCUGACAUUCCUGUUGAACCAGCCGGACGGCCCCAGGGGUACAGUUGUGACUGACUGGAUCUGUGAGAACGGUCCUGAGAUACUCGACAAGCUGACUGAGGAAGCAACAACAAGGCUGGUGCCAUCUAUGGAAAAGGGGAUUGGCUACAACAUCUUAAAAGGGUUGGUGAAAUCAUCAGGUAACAAAGGCAUUGCAGAGAAACAGAGGAUUGUGCAGUUUGCCCAGUGCCUGCUCAACCAACUCCAAAAGUAUGACAGAAUGUCCAAUGAUAUCCUAGCAUACAUCAUGACAAAGGUUGAUCCAAUCAUCAGGUCUAUGGAUGAUCCAUCAGCAAAGGCUUCCCUACAGCAGCUGUAUCAGAAAAACUUUGAGUUCUGCCCCACUAUGAAGAGUUUGGAGGAACUCAAGAAAGUGUGCAGCCCUGAAGAAUGGUUAGACAAGAAGGACUCCUGCCUUGUUUAUUACAUCAAUGACAUUAAAAGUGUGCCCACCUGCCUUACGUGCCUUGUGCUGUUGAUGAAGAGUGGCAGUGACCACAUCACACAGCUGCUGUCGCUGCCUGUCACCAGGGAAGGCUGUACCACAUCCAGGAGAGGUGCAGAUCACUUCAGCCCUGCCUGUCCUGCAGUCAUUAAGAAGAUUGCAGCAGUUCUGAAGGAGAUCCCCAGUGCUGAAGCAACACAGUUCCUCCAGAAGGCAAAGAGUUGGCUAGUGGCUGAAAGCUGGAGUAGUUUACUCUGUGUGGGAAGGCCUUGUAAGAAUAAGGUUCAGCCAUCCAUGGACAUCCUGUGGAAAGUGAUAGCAGAGAUCUCUCCACAAGAGCUCGUCAACACUCUGAGGGCUGCUAUGGAGGCAGUGGAGAGAAAAUUUAACGUUAUCAGCGUGACCCCCUUAAUGCGCAGUGUGUAUGUCAGCUGGCUGUUGCGUGUCAAGGAUGCCUUCCAACUGGCCAAUCAGCUGUUUCAAUUCGGCCAAAUUCUCAACAAGACCUUGCGCGUGCUAAAGAGGAAGAAGCCUCUCACAUAUGAGGUCAAGGCCAGCGGACUGCUUCUCAACCUCCCAGACAAGGAAAAUCCACUGAAGCAGAAUCCAUUUGUGCAGAAUGCCAAGAAGAAGGGGAAUGGGGCUAGCCCUAACCUAUCGAAAGCUCUCAAAACCCUCAACAUUUCCAACAAAGGAUCUGGAACAAAGAAGGACGACACAGCAACUGUGCUGAUGAAAGAACUGAUCGCAAAAAAAUCCUCUCCUGAUGCAACUCCCAUGGAGUGGGCAGAUAGUGAUAAUUCGGUUAAGCCUAAGGCCAGCAGACACUUUCUCAGUGCGACAAGUGUCCAAUCUACCGAAAAUUCUGCCAACAAACACAGUUAUCAAACACGAAGCAAAGACAAAAGUACUGCACAGAGUACAGGUUCAUGUGCCUUAGCAAAGACAGCACUUACUUCUUCACCACUUACUACAAAUGCCCCAGCUACAGGGACAAACAGCAGUGCUUUGCCUGCUUCUGGCAACACUGGGGGAGACCAAAAGGGAGCUUCGCCUGAGUUGACGAACAUUGUGUCAAACAUCCUGGAGCUGACCAAGACUACAGGAGUAGAUGGAGCCUUUCAGCUCAUCAUUGGCAGGAUGACCGGGAAGGUGGCCUCUUCCUCACCGCUGGCAGAAGACAUUGUCUCCAAGCUCCUUAAACUGAAGGGACCCAUCAACCUUAAGAUAGGCAACAAUAGACUGGUGAUCAACGCACAACUCACAGCAUCUUCACCUGUAGUCCCAAAUGUGCCACCACCCCAGCCUGCCCAGACAAUGCCAAACCCGAGAAGUGUGACGACUGUGCCAUAUGUUGAUCCAACAACUCCUAGCAUCUCCCAGUCUGCCCCAAAGCAGAGGUAUGGGCUAACUGGUCCAAACCUUGCUCCACGCCCCAUUUUACUUCUGCCACCAGCUACAAGUUCGAUCUCCACAUAUGUACCAGGUGCCAUGCCUACUGUGCCUCAUGCUGGUAGCUUUACUAUGCCAGUAAUACCUACAUGUAGUGGAGCAGCACAACCGACUACCCAUUCUACACCAGUUGCUGGUGCCAUAUCCAGUGCUUCAUCCACCACAAACAUCCAGCCAACAAGGGGGGCCAUGGCCAACAACAACAACAACAACACUAGGCUGGAAACUGUCAAGCCUACAACUCAAGGACCAAGUGCAACAUUCGCAGCGGGUAUUUUAAAGCAGAUCAUAUCCAGAAUUGACAGUGACAAGGGUGCAGCUUCAAGGGUGGUCGGCAAACCAGAAGAGUCUUCCAAGACACCAACAUCAGACCAAGUAUCACCUACAGUGCCUAUGGAGGCCCCUAUGGAAUCAGAUUAGAUAAACUAAAGUGGAUCUAGCACAAACAAGGCUACUGACUACGUUUUGUUGCAUGGUUGGGAAAGAUGGAUCUGAAGAAGGAUGCAUCCACUUAUGCCAAGCCCAUCUCUUACAUGUAUACAAAUGUAUUCAAGUAAUGGCCAUGGCGUACCGACCUUUGAUCCAUGGUUCUUGCUGUAUUAACUUGACAAAACACAAACUAAUCAAAUACUCUGCCUCCUGCAGUGGAGGGAGAGAGUUAUCGGCCAUUCAUGUUACCCAUUCACCGUAGUUUGUGAUUUGAUUGGCUUGUGACAGCUGCCCAGCACUAAUACUGUUAGAAGGCAGAAACACAGGUUGAUACAUGUAUGCCAGUAUCAUAGCUUGGUUUAUGCAAGCAGUGGGUCAGGUGUGAAAACAUGGUUUGUUGUGAAGAACUGUGUGCACUUUGUCAUGACUACCAGAAAGCAGAGAGCUUAUCCUUAAAAAUGUUUACAUGUACAAUGUAUUAAUAUGUUUAAAAAGUAUUUUUCUAACAUCAUAGAGUUUUACCAUUACCUACUGUGCAUUGUAGACUUUUUUGUCUACAUGUACUUAGGGUUUUGUUUUGUUCUGUUCAUUAACCUUGGGUUACUUAGGAAUUAGAAUUGUACUUAAACUUUAUCAUACAGGGUCAAGAAGUACAUGUAACUAAGCAAUUUACACCUCCUAUAUUUGCAUGUACAUGCACAUGUUGGUUCCCAAAAGCUUUAAGGAGCUUGUUUAUUUUAUCAUAAAGUACAACAUAUUUUAGGAGAAGUAUUGCAGAUUAUUUUCUGUUGCUCUUUCUGUUAAAAUUAUGUUCUACUGUGCUUGACUUGCAGAAUGUAGAUGGGUGCAUUAUGCACUAUACUGUAUUGUUGCAAGAAACAGGGAAAAUAUAUAUUCGAGCACAUGCAUGUGAAACCACCAUUUAUUUCCAGCUUAUGAUUCCCAUUGAAAAAUCGUGCUUGUUUGCCCAGAAGUCUACCAGAAACAAAUACCUAUGAUACAUGUACAUGCGAGGGUCACAGUCAAGAGUUUAAAGUCUAUAUACAUUUUGUAGCUAGCAGAAGCCAUUUUUAAGCCAUAACCUUUUAGUUUUAGUAGUUGAAGUUAUAUUACAACCAGCUAAAAUCUGUUUAUGUUUGUGUUACCAGUUGUUUAGAUAUCCCUUUGCCAUAUAUUGCACCAGGCUAUUGUUGAUAGUCUGUGAGAUGUGUCGAUGUACAUGGUAUGGAGAAGCCAAAUAUACAUUACCUAUGUUUAAACCAGACCUCCCUAUACACUGGAGGCAUAUACCAGUAUAUUUUAAGUUGGUGGACUCUAAAACUACCAGUGCACUUGCAGCUUUGCUUUAGUCUUCACCAUACUCCUUGUGUUGCUGGAAAAAUAGUAGAAAUUCUCUGCAUAGAUUUAAUGAUAUGCUAGAGUUGGAUGGCCAUAGAAUUAAAAUUUGAAGCUGUGAUUCUAUGGCAGACUAACUCCUCUUGCAUAUCAUUAACCCCAUUUGGCCAAGUUUCUAUUAAAUUAUUUUUCCAGCAACCCAUGGAGGUUUGGGUCGAAACUAGCUAGUCUUUUACUAAUUUACUUUGUUGCACCUGUUUGUCAGGAUACUAUCAUAACAUUGUUCUGAUUGUUCACUCAAA